UGGACACCUCAUCGAGCAGCAGCCAUCACGAUCAGAGCAUUGGGGGCGAUCACCCCGUUGAUUCUGGUCGAAGGUCUCACAGUCACAGAGCCCCGAGGCCUAGGCACGAGGAUGCUCCUGCACCAUCACAGUGGAGCGAGCAGGAUUGGCAGCGCAUGCAGCACAUGAUGCGCGAGAGUGAGGGACGGAUAGCGAGGAACGUGGAGGACAGCCUGUUCACGAGGAUUAAGAAUUGGUUCGAGGAGAAGUUGGAUGCUAUGCGUUGCCGAUGCUCGCAUAGCACUGAUGUUCACGUGCCCAGACCUGCUCCACGAUCUCACUCUGACAGGAGACACGAGCCUGAGCCCGAGCCCGACUCCGAUCCGGCGCAGCGUACAUCCUCAGAGGCCCCAUCGCAUCACCGAUCCCCUGCACACGAGUCUCCUGCACGAGAGGUGGGACAGACUACUGGUGAUGCCAUGCACACCCCGCAGUGGCAGCAUGAUCCGUUUGGUGGCCCGACUAGUUUUGGGGAUGUGCAGACUCCGCACAUGGGUGUCCACCACUUGCCCACAUUCGAGGCGUCCAGUUCAUAUGGUGGGCCACGCUACUCGUGGGCUGAGCCGGGCACGAGUUCAGCAUACCCUUUUGAGCCGGCCCGUUCUUCGGCUCCGAUCCUUACUCAAGAUCAGAUGCACGAGUAUUGGAAGCAGAUUAGUGGGGGAGUUUCUGAGGCAGUAGCUGCUGUUCCCCUCAGUAUUUGUGCACCAGACGUUCCACGCAGAAGCCGCUGAGAACGAAACCCGUCAGCUGCACUUCGAUCACCAUACGUGCACAGCGCCGUGCCGAGACCCGUCGACUCACAGUAUGUCGACGGGUUUGAGCGUAUGAUGGAAGCUGGCCGCCGUGGACACUACCAGACGGUGUCGGUGGCAGAGAGCGAGCACCCUCUCCCGUAUAACUUUUGGACCACUAUGCAAAACACGAGGACUGACCUCACGUCCAAUGCUGUUGAUAUGUACAUGAUGACGAUGAGAUCGAGGUUGAUGAGGGGUGAUGACUUGAUAGACGGUGUUGAUGCGAGGACCACUAUCAUAUUGGAUACAGAAUUAUUCAAAUAUUUCGAUGAUGAAUUCACAGAGUUGCUAAAAGCGUGGCGCAGUAUGUUUCCCUCGAGGGCAGAAGGACGGCUUGCCAGGUCCGACGCAGUUUUUGCUUCGUGGGAACCGCAUCCCAAGAAGAUGUAUCUGGUGCAUGGGCAUGGGGUAUCUUCGACUCAUGGCUCUUGGAUGCAUGCCACAACGCUCAAUUUGCCUAUACAUGUGUGUGGACGUUACAUUACAUGCCGAGUGGAUUUGCUGAGGGGUAUUUGCGACAUCUUCGAUUCGCAGUUGUUCAAGACCCUGGCGCAGAAGCGCUACGAUGUGAUCGCCGCUCUAUAUCCGCUGCAGUGCCUGUUGGGUAGGCUGCUUGACGUGUCCAAGUGGUUCGAAAGGACAGAGAUUGUCCAAAACCCGUUGGAAAACCUUGAAUGGCGAAGGUUGAAAAUCCAAUAUGCCGAUGAGAAUGAGCAGGUUCAGCAGCCAGAUCAAUGCAGCUCCGGUGUUUAUGCGUGCAUGUAUGUGGAGUGUCUGAUAUCAGGCUCGCCGAGCCUUGCGUGGGGCAAUGGGCACGCCGCCGACUAUAGGCGCAAGAUAGGCAGUAGCAUCUAUGAGUUUUGCAUCCCCGCAUCGCAAUAGAUUAUGUAUUUCUACAUUUAAAUGAUAAUUAUGCAAAUGACGUUUUGAUUAGAGGUUGGAGUAUCUGUUUGAGUAUU